UUCCUCGUGGACGGUGGAGGCGGCGGCGAGCUAGAGCCCGCGUCCCAGCUCGCGGCCACAGAGAGGCCGGGCGAGCCCGAGCGCGCGGAGACCCAGCCCGGCUCGGCAGGCAGCUCUGCGCGCGGCUGGAGUCAUGGUAUACUGAAAAGGCACUCAAUCAAGAGAAAUCUAGAGGGAGCUGGAAACCAUCAAGUUUUUGAGGCCAUACAGGGGGCAGGAAAGAUAGAGGAAAAAAGGUUUAUCAGCAUUUCUUCCUGAACCUGCCUUAGAAAUAACAGCAUAUUUUAAUCAGAGAUUUCUCCACCUCUCUUCCAUCCCAAUUGGCUGACUGUUCUGCCGUUUGAGGAACCUGCAACACCCAUGAAACCAGCUUCUCCAGUGUUGGCCGGCAGGUGUAGAAAGUGCUCUAUGUUGCUAUGAGGACAGAGUCAUCAGAAAUGACGGAUGUGGAGCCCAUGGUCAACAACUUUGCAUCAUCAGCAAGGGCAGGCCGCCGGAAUGCUCUACCAGACAUCCAGGGGUCAACAGCCAUCGGCGGAACCUUGGAGUUGCCCUUGAAACUGGAGGCCCUCUCCGUGAAGGAAGAUGUGAAAAAGAAAGAUGAAGAAACAACACAAGACCAAUUGGAAAAGCCCAAAGAUGAAGGAAAAUGAAGGCUCAUAACCUAUCCAAAGUGCUGAAUUUCUGCACAUUGAAAGACUUAGUGGCUCUGCUUUCCUGAGACGUUUGAUCUGGUAGUAACUAUGGUAACGUUGCAGCCCUAAGCAACAUGUGUGUGUUAGAUAAUUUUGUUGUGACGCUACUCACUUGGACUGCAACUGUGAUGUCUAAUGUAGGUUAUUAAAAGGCAGAUUACUUCCGAAUUAUCCCCAAGAGAAAGGUUAAGAAUGUAUGGUUACUUAAAUAUAUAUCAUUGUCUAUAAACCCAACAAAACCCACUGUUCUCUUUUGGAUUUAUUUAGCCAGAUAUAUUUUUAAUGCCAUUUUUAUGGUAAUGGGUAAACCAUUUCUUGGUAAAUAUAAACCACACACUAUUAAUUUAAAACUUUAUGGAAUUUGUAGAAAACUAUGGCUUUUGGUGAGAAAGAAUGAUAGAAUAGUCAAGAACAUGUAGACAAAAUGAUGUUUUUAGCUGAAAUGCACCAAUUUUCCCCCCAAACCCUAAAAAGAUUUGGAAAAAUAGUAAAAAGUUUGAUAACUCAAACAUCUCUAGGAACUUUUUGUCUGGUGUGUUCUGCUUCUAGUCUAUGCGUACUGUGAUUUUUCAUGUGGACUCUUAAAAUGGAACAUUUGUGACAAAUUGUUUAUGUGGAAUAUGCCUAUUAAAUGAAUCUCACUAUCUUCCUUAACUUUGGUGUGUGUGUGUGCAUAUGUUUUUCUUUAAUGUGAAUUACACAAAACAUUUUACUAGUUGCUUUAUAUUAUCUUUUCUUAUUCUUAGGGCUUUUGUGUAUAUGACUUGUUUCUAAAAUAAUUUCCUCAGAAAUGCAGACCUUAAUUUUUAUAUCUUUCCUAAACUAGCUAACAUAAUAAUAGGCACUUAAGUAUGUAGUGAAUGGUGUAGGUAGAGAUAGCAAGAUACUUGCUUUUAAUAUAUAUUUAAUUAUAUAUUUUAAAAGGAAUGAAACCAAAACCAAAGCUUUAGUAAAUUUUGAUUUAUUAGACUUUUUAGGAAAAUCAUAGAAUUCUGAAUUUUUAAAGAAAAUCUGACUAAUGAAAUUAUUUUUAUUUUCAGCUAUAUAUGCAUGCAGUUCUGUUUUAUUUGAUUGUUGACUUAAGCCAUGUCUGUAUACAGUAAUCAGAUAAACUCUUUCACUAUUAAAGAAACUUACUGACACAA